AUGGACGAGGAAAUAAGCAGGUCGCCCAUUGGGCGCCGCGGGAUGUUCAAACUAGUAUGGGAGGAGGUGAUUGGCGGCGACGCGGCGCGGCCCGCCGCCCCCGCCCGGGCGGGUCAUUGUCUGGCGGCUCCUGAGGCGGGUCGGGCGCGGCGGUGGCUUUGGGGUUCGGACGGCGGCAGUGGUACCAUGGCUGGCGGCAAGGCGGGCAAGGACAGUGGCAAGGCCAAGGCCAAGGCCGUGUCGCGCUCCCAGAGAGCCGGGCUCCAGUUCCCAGUCGGCCGCAUCCACAGGCACCUGAAGACUCGGACCACCAGCCACGGGCGUGUGGGAGCCACGGCAGCCGUGUACAGCGCAGCCAUCCUCGAGUACCUGACUGCUGAGGUGCUGGAGCUGGCUGGGAAUGCUUCCAAGGAUCUCAAAGUCAAGCGGAUCACACCCCGGCACCUGCAGCUGGCAAUCCGCGGUGAUGAGGAGUUGGACUCCCUGAUCAAAGCCACCAUCGCUGGUGGAGGUGUCAUUCCCCACAUCCACAAGUCCCUGAUUGGAAAGAAGGGACAGCAGAAAACGGCAUAGAGGGAGUGUGGCACCGGAUCCCCCUGUCAUUGUACUGUACCUGGGCACAGGAACAUCUCGGGGAUACGAGGAUUUUUUUCUAAGGAAUAGCUAAAAGGAAGAGCAUAGAGGAUUGACUGUAGAGGAAACAUUGGGAUGGGUUUAGAUUCUGAGUAGGACACACCGCAGGCUGUGGGGUGGCAGCUGGGGGUGGGCGAGUGGCUCGGCUGUCCCCAAGUUUUAUACAAAAAUGGAACCCAUAAACCAUUUUUUACAAAAAUCCA